CUAUAAUAUUUAGAUAUUAUUUUAAUUUAAAAUAAAUGGAGUAUUGUGAUUUUUGUAGAGCUGUAUUGAAUUAGAGAUAUUUAUUGGAUGACUAGUUUGCGAGAUUCUAAAAUGAAUUGGAAUUAGUUGAUACAUAAUCGAAAUUGUUAAAAGAGGAGAAUGGAUUAUUAAAGAGUAACAUUAAAGUGCCUAAUAAAUCAAGACGUAAAAACAAUAGGACGAAGGUCGAAUUUGAAUAGUGUUAAAAGGAAAUUGAAAAAUUGCAAAGGAUAAUCUAACAUAAAGAUAUGAUUAUCCAGAGCCAAGUACGAUGUGAUAUAAUUAGUGAAAGCUCAAUUAUAGAUACCGACAAAGUGAAGAAGAAGGUGAAUCUUUGA